AUGGCUGCCCGCCCGCGUCUUGAUGACGCGGCGGCGCUCACGGCCCUGCUGGAACAGCUUGCUGCUUCUGCGGCCGUGCGUUCAGCCCUGGCGGCGAAGGGGUACUCUUCUCUUAGUUCUUUGGCCUACGCUCUUGCGGAUCCCUCUGAUCCCGACGAGGUCAAGGUCUUCAUCUGCACGCUGCUCGGUCUGUCUGACGACACCGCCGCAGCGGGUCUCGUGUCUGCAGACGCGGCCUGUGUCCGUCGCCUGCUGUCCGAGGCUGCUCUGGCGGCGCCCCCUCGUGUCACCCCGGGACUUUCCACUCUGGGUCUGCCGCUCCAGCCCACGGACUUCACACAUUUGAAGAAGGACUUCGUGGCUAAGUACCCGGGGGAACUCCUCACCCCGUCAUCCACCCCGUCUCUCGAGUUCCUGUCUCUGCUGAAGCAGCACAGUGACUCUGCCGCUUCCCUCUGGGUCCCGUGGCGCUUGCGCACGUGCUUGGCUGAUGCCGCUCGCUGGGAAGAGACGCGCAAACCUCGCAAUGACCGCUCCUUCAUCCGUCAGCUGCUGGAUGAUGUACCUGAGCCCCCUGGCCCGACGGUCCCGGUUAACAUGCAGGGUCAUCCGGAGCCGGUCCUGCGUCGUGCACUGUCUCUGCUGGCCACCGCGUUAGCCAUGUUAGAUCUCGUGCACCUUGCCACCAUAAAACAAUUUCACGAAAAAUUUCUGUCUCUGGCUCUGGCGGCUCCCCUCGAUCAGGCACUUCGCUCGCCCACCCUUCAGGAGAUUCUCCACGCGGACAGGGCGGUCUGGUCCUCCGUCUACGAGCUCACGAGUGAUCAUGGCUGGAGCCUCCCCGAUGCACUGAGCGAAAUCGCUUUCUGUCGCGGUGAAAUGUCGAAUCUACUCCAGCCCCGUCCACGUCCACCGCGCAUUCCGCCUCCGCCCUCCGCCGAUGGUAAACCUGGUAAGGGCCUGGGCAGGAAGCGUCAACUGACCGACGACUCGUCCGGUCACGAUUCCGCUGCGGCUAAAGCCAAGGCUAAAGCAGCAGCGGCCAAGGCCAAGACUGCUGCCAAUCCGCCUCCGAAAGGCUGGGACCCGUCCUGGUGCAAGACCAUCGGGGAGAAAGAGGCCUGCAUGCGUUUCGCAGUCGGCAAAUGCACUAAGACCGACUGCAAAUUUGUGCAUGGCUGCCCGGUCCCGCUUCCUUCCGGCAAAGCCUGCGGUCAGCCGCACUCCGCUCUGGACCAUGGCAAGACACCUCACUGA